AUGGCGAGUCUCACUGACAAUGCCGACUACGAUGCCGGCGAAACAUUUGGUAAUGUACCACGUCCACGGUUCAACUUUAGACAUGAUCAUGCAGACAAUGGACUCCGGACUAGUUAUCUUCUCGUUUCACAUAAAAAUCUCUUCAUCUGCAAUUUUUUACGGGAUGCCCGACUUUUAGUGCCCCCUACUACGGCCGAGCAACUUCGUGCUUCUUGUACUCUCCCUUUAUCUUUCUGCGCGCCUGCCGAGACAGAAUUAGGCCCCUCAACCAACAUUACUUCUUCCUACAACACUGUGCCGACAACAACUGUUGUCUCAGGAUCAGUACCUGGUCAUAAUCGAGUAUCAUCCAUCGGGUGUCGACCACAUUCAUUGGCCCUUGGCCAACCUUCGUCUACUAGUCAUCUAAUGACAUGUCUUGAUUCGUCAUCUACCAUUCCGCAAUCUACUGAAUCUUCUCGACCCCAGUCUUUGGUGCUUUCUAUUCGCCAAAUGAAAGUAACCUCAUCUCCAGUAUCAGUGUCUAAUAUUGGACAGCAACUACAAAAUACCAGGGCUGUUUCUCGAGCUGUUGCCUUAGUACCCAAUCUCGUAUCACCUAUUUCCUUACAACAUCAAACCUCAUCGGGGCCUAGAGAUCCUCGUCCUCUCCGUUUAUUACCAAGUUCUUUGGCAUCUAGUCCUUCUGGUCAAGUCGAAUUAGCCCGGCGGACCCUCCCUACGAUAUCCGUUCACUCCACAGUUCCUUGCUGCCUUCCAAUGAAUAGCUCAUUGCUCACGCAUCCAUCGUCGACCAAACGCCCUUCUUCUGUUAGAAUAUUUUUGCCUACUCCCACAAUGCCGCGUUCAUUUCACCUAGAAAGUAGUCAUACUGCAGGAAUAUCGCAGUCACCUACGAAAAUGGCUAGUUUUUACCGGCUUCCAAGUAGUGCUUUCUUAGAAAUCGGCACUCCUAACAUGGUACCUAGUCUCGAGACUGGCCAGCUCAACUAUCCUAUCCAGCAUUGCAACUUCCCAUACCAGCACUAUAUAUGCUGCGUACAACCAUUUCAAGACCACCACCUGCCCUUCACUGGUGGUAUAUCGUCAGGACAGAUGCAUUUGCCACAAAUGACUCCGGGGCAGCGUCGAUGGGUGCAUGUCAGGCCUUCAGAAUUACGUCUGAGUGAAGAAUAG